UCGGGCACAAUUCAGUCGACUUUAGAGCGUUCAUCGAGCACAUUUACGUUACAAAAGAUUGUCUUAAAUGUGUAUUUUAUUAAAAUCACUUUUGAGGACCGCAUUAGCUUGGCAAAUCUAAUGUCAACAAAAUCGGAUUUCAAAACCGGGGAGCCAUUCAAUUGAAUUACCCACAGACACACACACACACACACACACACACAACAUUAAAAGUGAGAUUGUUAUAAACAUAAAUUGACGCUAUAAAAGACAAGCACAUGGAGCCGAGUGAUAGCAGUUUUCAGCCCGACAUGACCGCGGACGAUUCAAAAUCCGAGUCUGAGUCUGAGUCCGAGACGACUCAUAAAAUCGAGCUGACAGGCAUAGGUAAUCGUAAAGAUACGGAUUCAAUUAAUGGCAGUAACCACGAAGAAGGAGAGCCAAAGUCUGGAGAAGCUAACAAGGCGGAAGAGAGUCGAUUGAAAGAGCGCGAGGAUAGGCCGCUCGUUCUGGAAGAAAGGCACUCACUUUCUAUAGCGGAAACAAAGAAGCGUCGAGCCAGCGUCUACUCCAACGAGAAUCUGUUUAUACCCAAGGAGCUGGCGCGCGGUGAACUGCAUCUGCGUAGACAGCACUCGGCCGUGAAUUUGCUGGAUCAAAUCAGCCGAAACAGUGACUAUUGCAUACGAAUGCUCAAGUUUCCCGUUGGAUCGGGCCGUGCUCGCUUUGUGGCCCAGCAAAUGAAAAGGCGAAAAACAAGAAAAUCAAAGGCAUUGCCAAGGCUACUGCCAGAUGUGCUCAAUCUGGACGAGAACCGGGCUGCCAAGCUAGUUGAUCCGGCUAAGGAAGAGUUGUGCAUCAAGCGCGAAUCAAAUGAUGAGAUUUUACCACUAAACAUGCCCAACCUGGAUGCGGAUAGAAAUCAACUGCACAGCGAUGACGAGUGCUGCGUCAUACUGGAGGAUAUUGUCAACGGUUCCCUGCCCGAGUCUGAGGAGGAUGGAACGGAAGAGUUGAUUCAGCGCGUUUCCAGGCGUCAACUGAAGCGAGCCGCUCGCUCAGAGUUGGAACCCACAAGGGAAGAUCAGAUGCUGGCCGAAAAACAGGAGCUGACACAAUUGCCAGUCUUUCGUUGGCAUAAUCCACACUACAGUGAUCAGGAUAUUAAAAUGGGCAUAAGGGAGGACCUGGAGCGUAUAAGCUUAUCGGUCAGUGAGGUGGCAGCCACAGCAGAUGCAGUCGGAGAGCCGCAGUUGCGACGGGUGGAGGAGGAGCAGUUGGCGCAGCAGGAGGAGCCAGUAUCAAGCGGGCUGGGAGCACCCACGCCUAUGCUGGAAACGGAUCAGCAAUUGCUGUCACAACGCCCUGUGGGAGGAGAGGAACAGCUGGAAACUAGCGAGCCCGUGGGAGAGGUUCGUCACGCACGACAACAACAACAGCAGCCAGUUCAAAGUUUGCAACAUGUUGCAAAUAUGCCAUGUUCAAUGCCAGCUGAAAGAGGGACCACAUUAAGCUCAUUAUCAUCAAUCGAGGAACAGCGCACAGACUUGCAACAACAGUUCAUGCAACGCAUUAUCCUGCCGCGAUUUUACGGCGCCGAUUUAGGCGCCAGCAACCAUGCCAUCAAUUUGUUAAAUGAUAACAUACAACAGCAUUUUAUGGAGUCGCUGAUGCCAAGCGAAUUGUUGCAGCAAUGGUCAAAACAGCAUUUUGAGAAAUACGCCUACUCGCGGCCAGCCACACAGCAGCAAUUGCCGCUGUUGUUGCCACAGCAACCAGCUCAGACCCUGCGCCAACAGCAGCAGCAACAAUCUUACCUUCAGGAGCAGCACUUGGAGGCGGGGCAGAAGGAACUGCAUCAGCUUAAUGCACAGUAUCAGCAAUUGAAGUGCCAGCAGGAUGAGCAGCUCAAGAAUAUAAACAAAACCCUGAAGGAGAUUUAUGCCAAUCGGCUGCUUUGUGAGCGACAACAUGCUGAAUAUCACAGAAGUUUCAUGCACAAAAUGGUUGAGAGCAAAAAGCAGGAAGAAAACCUACAGGCACACAAGAAUCAGCUGAAAAGACAGCUGCAGGCGGAGCUAAGCAGCCUGGAACAACGUAUUUCGGAAAAAGAACGCCAAUUGCAGGAUCGUACGAGAACAUGGCAACAUUGUCAACAGCAGCAGCAACAGUUGCAACAACAACAGCAGCAAUUGCGAUUGCAGGAGCAGCCCGUGUAUCCGCCACGUUUGCAAUGCUUUCAGGAUGCUUUUUCGCCGUGCAUUGAAACACGUUUGCCGCCCACCUCACAGUUGGAGACACAGCGUAGACUUAUGCCAGCGCCGCCGCCAGCAACAUAUUGCGUGGACAACAUGCAACCGCCAGUGGCAGCAACAGGCAACAGCAGCAGCGAUGGCAUUAUGCGACGUCGACAUACCAUCGAUUACAGAGCUGGCAAUAUUCUCUCGAAUGCUCGAUCAUAUCAGGAGCAGCAUCUGAUGCAGUCCCACUUGGCUGCUCACACGGAUGCCCUGUCAUAUCCACAAGGGGCAAACUUUUCCAGCUUUGCCCCUGCAACAGCAACAAACAAUAUUCUAGCUGCCCAGCGUUUUACACGGUCUGAAACGCCAAUCUCUAAUGCCAGGCACCAGGUGAAUCAGGCAAUCGAACAAACUGCGAUUACCGCCUUUAUAAGCAACUAUGUCUCAAAUUAUUUCAACGAUAUGGAGUGA